AUGGAAAAUAGGAACAAUGUGACAGAAUUUGUUCUUUUAGGUCUGUCCAGUGACAAAAAUUUGCAGAUAUUUUGCUUUGGGCUGUUCCUCUCCUGUUACAUUACAAUCCUCUUAGGGAAUUUCCUCAUCCUCAUCACCGUCAGAUGUAGUUCCCUCAACAAGAAGCCCAUGUUCUUCUUCCUCUGUCACCUGUCCCUCAUGGGCCUCUGCUACACUUCCACAGUGACUCCCAAACUGGUCAGAGAUUUGCUGUCUAAGAAGAAAACCAUCUCUUUCGGCCACUGCAUGAUGCAACUCUUCACUGUGCACUUAUUUGGUGGGGUUGAGAUCUUCAUUCUUGUGGGGAUGGCCUAUGAUCGCUAUGUUGCCAUCUGCAAACCCUUACACUAUAUGGUCAUCAUGAACAGGCAGCCGUGUGCUACAGUGGUUGCAGUGUGCUGCAGAGGAGCAUUUCUCCAUUCCAUGGUCCAGUGGCUCCUUGUCAUUUUUUUGCCCUUCUGUGGCUCUAAUAAGAUUGAUCACUAUUUCUGCGAUGUUUACCCUCUCCUGGAAUUGGCUUGCUCAGAUACUGCCGUGACUGGAUUUUUAGUCCUUGCCAAUACAGGGACAAUUGUAUUAGUUACUUUUGCAGUCUUGGUCUUCUCUUACAUCACCAUUUUAGCCAGUCUAAGGACCCGCUCUUUGGAAGGACGUUGCAAAGCCCUCUCCACCUGCGCUUCCCACAUCACCGUGGUGGCAUUGUUUUUCUUGCCCUCCCUCUUCAUUUACCUCUGGCUAGUCCAGAUCUUCCCCGAGGAUAAGGUGUUUGCUCUGUUUUGCACCACCAUUGCCCCCAUGUUCAACCCCCUCAUCUACACUCUGAGGAACAGAGAGAUGAAAACAGCCAUGAGAAAGGUGUGGUUUUGGAAGCCGUGUUUGGAGGGAAAAUCAGGCAGACCUCCAGUAACUACAGAGAACCUUCACAAAAAGGACAGGAAUAUUGAUCACUAUUUCUGCAAUGUUUACCCUCUCUUGGAACUGGUCUGCUUAGACAAUGACGUGCCUGGAUUUUUAGUCCUCGCCGAUUCAGAGACAAUUGUAUUCAUCUCAUUUGUGGUCUUGGUCUUCUCUUACAUCACCAUUUUAGCCAGUCUGAGGACCCACUCUUCAGAAGGAGGUUGCAAAGACUUCCCCACCUGCGCUUCCCUCAUCACUGUGGUGGCAUUGAGAGAAUUGGAAUGCAGUGGCAAACUGGCUUCCCCUAAGAUGUGUGGGAUGUACACUGAUGAGAUGGGGAUGAGCACGGCGGAGCAAGGCAGAGCCGGCCCCGAGAUAGCUGAGGAGACCUGGAACCUGGCCUUCAAACCUUGCCCCGCUUACACCAGUGAACUUGGGUUUAUACCCGUUAGCACUAUAAUGGCCCAACACCACAGGAUUUAUUUCUCAUUCUUUAGUUCCUGGACUUUUCCUGAGCAGAUCUCAAAGUCUGUUAAAAAAUAUCUGAAUAAACACAUUCACGUGAUUUCUUGGUCCUAA